CGCAACAUUAGUGCACCUCUCUUCUUCUCUCUCUGUAACUAUAUAUGUAUACAAUACAUAUAUAUGGUGUAUGUAUGUGUGGGAGUAGUGAGUGGAAGUGAGUGAAGGAGGAGGAAGGAGGUGAUAUGAGAUAAGGGGUCGAUCCAGAAGGUGACGUCACCUCAUUCCAUUGAGGACUGUCUGCAAUUUUUUUUUUUGGUUUUCCUUUGCCUCUUUACAUCCCUAUUCGCGUGCCCUUCUUUCACGCUCCAUUGUCAGAUCUCUCUCCCUUCCUCUCUAAAUACCUCUCCUUCUUAAUUCGAUACUAAUUUUUUUAACCCUCUCCUUCUUCGGAUUGUUUUACCUCUUUCGUUCUGCAACUUCUGUUCAUAUAUAUAUGGACAUAUGUUUGCUCUUUCUCAGUUUCUCCUCCCUUGGGAUUUGUUAGUUUUUUUCUCUCUGUUACACACAAGCGAGUCUGGAGAUGCAAUGCCAAUGAUUUAGUAAGCAUUAUGUUUGGCUGGUGAGAAAAAGUAACCGGAGACGGGUUUUGAGGAAAUGGGUAGUGAUGUUUGCAACUGGAAAUGAAGGAGAGGCAGCGGUGGAGAGCUGAAGAAGAUGCUCUUUUACGUGCGUAUGUGAAACAAUAUGGUCCAAGGGAGUGGCAUCUUGUCUCACAGCGCAUGAACACAACCCUAAACAGGGACGCUAAAUCCUGCUUAGAAAGGUGGAAGAACUAUCUCAAACCUGGAAUCAAGAAGGGAUCUCUCACUGAAGAAGAACAACGUCUUGUGAUUCGUCUUCAAGCCAAGCACGGUAAUAAGUGGAAGAAGAUUGCAGCUGAAGUUCCUGGUCGUACUGCUAAGAGAUUAGGGAAGUGGUGGGAAGUUUUUAAGGAGAAACAGCAAAGAGAACAAAAGGAGAAUAACAAGACUGUGGAUCCAAUAGAAGAGGGAAAGUACGAUAGAAUACUAGAGAGUUUUGCAGAGAAAUUAGUGAAGGAAAGGCCUGGUUCAACUUUUGUAAUGGCUUCUUCAAAUGGGGGUUUUCUUCAUACUGACCCACCUAACCCUGCAUCAACUCUUCUUCCUCCUUGGCUUUCUACUUCUAAUGGAACCCCUACUGUGAGACCACCAUCACCAUCUGUAACUCUAAGUCUUUCACCCUCAAAUGUGGCUGCUGCAACUCCUCAAAUUCCAUGGCUUCAGCCAGAAAGAGGGCCAGAAAAUGCCCCUCUUGCUCUGGGUAAUAUGCCUCCUCAUGGACCAAUUCCUCCCUGUGGUGAAAAUCUACUGAUAACCGAGCUGUUGGAGUGUUGCAGGGAGUUGGAAGAAGGGCAUCGUGCUUGGGCAGCUCAUAAGAAGGAAGCAGCAUGGAGAUUAAGAAGGGUAGAACUGCAGCUUGAAUCUGAGAAGACUUGCAGGAGGAAAGAGAAAAUGGAAGAAAUAGAAUCAAAGAUGAAGGCUCUUAGGGAAGAGCAAAAUGCUGCUCUGGAAAGAAUUGAAGCAGAAUACAGAGAACAGUUAGUAGGUCUGAGGAGAGAUGCAGAGGCUAAAGAACAGAAAUUGGCUGAACAAUGGGGUGCAAAGCACUUGCGACUCACCAAGUUUCUUGAGCAAAUGGGUUGCAGAGCCAGGCUUGGUGAACCCAAUGGCCGAUGAAGAAGAUGUUCUUAUCAAAUUCCUGGCUUGCAAAUUGCAAUCCUUUUCUUCUCCUCUCAAUCCAUGGUGUUGUGUUCAUUCUCUUCUCAAGAUUCUACCAUAGAGAACAUCUUCAUAUUCACUGCUUACUUAUAGCAUAGACUGAUGGAAUGUAAGGGUUGCCUGAACACAUGCAUGCUCAAUUUGCUACAUACAUUAUUAUAAUAUAUGCAGCUUCUUAAUCUUUUGGGUUUUACUCCAAA